AUGAGCUACGAACUCAAAAACACAAAACAGUCGCAGAACGCCACGUUGGAGUCCUGCAACAGCGUCGAAGUCAUCAAAGAUAGCUCAGAAGAGCUUCCUGCCAGAAAUGGACUGAUCCACCGUUUCGUGGACUCAUUCAAAAGACCCGUCGAGACCGGAUACGCUGACAACAGCGACAACGACGGCGACGGCGAGUACCAAUGCACCGACGACGUCAACAGUGGCCACAAGCACAAGUCUCUCAAACAGAACAUCCGGCCCCGACAUACACUCAUGAUGUCGCUGGCCACGGGUAUCGGUACCGGUAUGCUUGUCGGUAACGGUAAGUCGCUAAACAACGGUGGGCCUGCUCCGCUGGUCAUCGGGUAUGUCGUGGUGUCGACCAUGUUGUACUGUGUGAUUCAGAGUGCCUCGGAGCUGGCCAUCUGUUACUCCUCGCUUUCGGGCGGUUUCAAUGCGUACCCAUCUCUGCUGGUGGACAAAGCGUUUGGGUUCUCCGUUGCGUGGGUCUACUGUUUGCAAUGGCUCUGCGUGCUUCCCCUAGAGCUGGUCACAGCAUCGAUGACCAUUAAAUACUGGAACGACACAAUCAACCCAGAUGCAUUUGUCGUGAUCUUCUACGUGGUUCUUAUUAGCAUUAACUUUAUUGGAUCCGCGGGCUACGCGGAGGCAGAGUUCUUCUUCAACACUUGCAAGGUCUUGAUGAUCGCUGGUUUCUUUAUUCUGGGAAUUAUAAUCAACUGCGGCGGUGCUGGUAACGCCGGUUACAUUGGCGCCAAGUACUGGCACGACCCCGGUUCUUUCAGAGGCCAUAACGAUAUCAACAGGUUCAAAGGUGUGGUUUCCGUCAUGGUGAACGCUGCGUUUGCAUACGGAGGUGCAGAGUUCUCAGUGAUGACUGCUGCCGAACACUCGAACCCUCAGAAAUCGAUUAGAAGUGCGUCCAAAAAGUUGUUGUACCGUAUCAUUUGCAUUUACUGUAUGACGGCUGCGCUUCUUGGAUUUUUGGUGCCAUGGAACUCCGAUGAGCUGCUGGGGUCCGGUGGCAGUGCCACCCACGCCUCGCCAUUUGUCAUUGCAGUGGCCUCGCACGGUGUUAAGGUGGUUCCUCAUUUUAUCAAUGCCGUUAUCUUGCUGUCUGUGCUCUCCGUUGCCAAUUCUGCUCUGCACUCGUCUUCGAGAAUCCUGCUGUCGUUAUCGGAGCAGAACUUCGCGCCCAAAUUCUUGAAUUACAUCGACAGAAGAGGCAGACCAGUGAUUGGUCUGUUGGUAAGCUGUGUUUUCGGAGGGUUGUCGUUCGUGGCAGCCACCCCCAAAGAGGAAACGGUGUUCACCUGGCUGCUGGCCAUUUCGGGUCUCAGUGAAUUGUUUACAUGGUUUGCCAUUUCUUUGUCACACGUUCGUUUUAGAGCGGCUCUGAAGGCUCAGGGAAGAUCUAAAAGUGAGUUGGGAUACAUACCGUGGACUGGACUGUGGGGUGCCUACUAUGCGAUGUUCAUGGUUGUGGCAAUUCUAAUCGGCCAAUUCUGGGUCGCUAUUUCGCCAAUCGGCACCAACAAGCUAGAUGUCAACAAUUUCUUCGAGAACUACUUGGCAAUGCCAAUAUUAAUUGCGCUCUACCUAGGCUACAAGUUGUGGUCGCGGGAAUGGCGCUUGGUGAUCCCAGCCAGUGAGGUGGACCUCGUAACAGACAGAAAAGUGUUCGAUGCGGAGGUAUUGAAGCACGAGCAGGCCGAAGAGAAGGAGCGUAUUCGCAAUUCUUCAUGGACUGUGAGGGCAUCGAAUUUCUGGUGUUGA